AUGGUAGAAUUUCUGGUCACAACACACUAUUACCCCAGCGUAUGUGAAAAUAACCCCUGCAAGAAUGGAGGCAUCUGCGUCCCAGGAAUCAACGGACUGUUCUGUGAAUGCCGCGUUGGCUACCGUGGAGAGUUCUGCAACGAAUCCUGCGUCUCUGACAAGGACAUCUUCUUCCUGCUCGACAGCAGCGACAGUGUAGGAUCCCAGAACUUCGAAGCAGCCAAGCGCUUUGUAACGUCUAUCAUCGAGGAGUUCAGUAGCAAGGACGCCCGCAACCGUUUCUCCCUCGUCACGUUCAGUACCGAGGUCCAGAUCGUCUUCUCCCUGGGUCGCUACAAGGACCUCCCGAUCAUCCAGAACGCCGUAAAGUACACACGCUACCGUCCCGGAAACACUAACACGGCAGGUGCCCUGCGAGUCGUCGAAGAGAUUUCACAUGAAGAGCUUGGUGAUCGCUUCGAUGCCGAGAACAUCAUCUUUGUCAUCACAGACGGCGUUGCGAAUGUAAAUGAGGACGACACGAUUCCGGCUGCCACGGCCGUGAAGAACAAGGGGGCAAGGAUUAUCUCGAUUGGUGUCAAUUUGAACGAGAGGACGGAGAUAGAGCGCAUGGCAUCAAGCCCGACCGACGUUUUCACCGUGAGAGAUUUUGACGCUCUGGAAGGCAUCACCGCAGAUAUCGUUAAAACAACAUGCAAGAACGGGAAUAUAAUAAAAUUCGGAAAAUAA